CACGCUAUAUUAAACUGGCUGCCCUCAUAUGGGCUUCGGCUCCUGCGUUGUGGGACAGGGAACGGGCCAGAGAGGAUGGGAGUGGCCACGCACCUGUCAGACCUGUUCCCGAUACAUGACUCCAGCUGGAUUGUCCUGUGUGUUUGUCCUUUGUUCAACCUGUGCUUGUCACACUGACAGAGGAUGGCGGAAACACCGAACCCGGCCGCUACCUCGUUUCCAGCGCCGACUAUUUCUCUACCGAGCGGCGUUGCAAUAUUGCGGACGUACUCGGGGGCUCUGAUUUGUUUGGAAAUUGUGUUUGGAGGGUUGGUAUGGAUCCUGAUAGCGUCGACGAACGUGUCCGUGCCGCUGUUGCAGGGAUGGGUGAUGUUUGUGUCGGUUACCAUGUUCAUUUGUUCGUCCGUAUACCUCGCCCUCUUUCUGCUGCGCCUGGCUGACAAAAUUAACACUGAUUGGAAUUUCAUGGAUAUGUUCUACCAUUUCAUCGCUUUGCUGUUUUAUUUUGGUGCCUUUUUGCUGGAGGCAACAGUUUCAUCGGCGGGUACAUAUGUAAACAACACUGCCUGUAUACGCAGACCCCGUGGCAAUAUAAUGACGUUUCUGGACUAUCGAGAAUACAAUAUUAAUGUCGCUGCUGCGAUUUUUGCAUUUAUAGUGACAGUGUGUUAUGGCUGUAGCAUGUUCAUGGGCUUCAGGAGGUGGAGGAAAUGAAACACAGGAACUGGCGCACAAGUAACCCAUCCAUAACUUGGAUGUUUUUUAACAUCAGCUGUACUGUUAUGGAGCAUUCCAAACAAAAAUCUUUCUUUUCUUUUUUUUUUCAGUUGAAUAUAAAAAAAUGUUCUUCUGGAUAAUACUCUCUUCUAUCAACACCCACCAGGCAAAAACUAUUUGUCUUUAUGACAAAUUAGCUUUAAUCUUUGACUGUGUGUGUAAUCUGCAUGAUGUUUUUUUUAUUUUAUUUGUUGUGUCAUGUUUAUACAGAUUUUGUCAUCAUAUAGCUCAUAAUGUAUAGAUUUAAUAAACCAUAACAAUUUUUUUAUAAUAGCCUGUGUGAUGGAAUUUCCAUUUCCAUUUCUGGCCCUGUUUACAUAUGGUAACAUCCACCUUGAAACUAGAGGAAAUAUUGUGUAUUAACCACUUAGAGGGUCUACUUUGCAUGGAUUACAAAAUUAUAGUGCAACUAUCAGAUUCAUUUGCUACAGUACAUUGACAUCUGCAGUUGUCCAUUAGGCAAGCAACAGCAGUGAAGCUGUUGUCAGCGCCCUGAAUAUGCUGUGUAGGUCAUUGCAAAAUGCUAAAUUACAGUGCUGCCAUUAUUAAAUAUUUUAGAAUGACGAUGAGCCAUCAAGUGUGUUGAUUAAACUUUAUUUGCAUUAA